AAAUUGGGCCACUAUUGGGCCUAAUAACCAUUCUAACUUUUACGGAUCCGACUUAGCCCAAACACAUCGCCGGUUCAGAACGCUGCCGUAAAUCGCUGCAUCGGAAAAAGCACGAUGAUACUAAAAACCAUGAGACUGUCUUCUCUUCCGAUCAACACUCUCAUAAAUCUCCCAAAAUCUCUCUUUCUAAUUUCUCCUUUUCGCUUCCGUAACCUUAAUCGUUCCCUUACCGUCGCGUCUCGCAUUUCAUCAACGCUUCUUCGCGUUUCCGGUGUCUCGUCUCGUCCGUGUGGUUACUGGUUCUCGACGAACGCGGCGAUGACGAAUGUUGGAGAGGAAGAUAAGCAAUCGAUUCCUUCAAUCGAAUUGAAGGAGAAUAUUGAGCUCACUGACAAAGAACGGAAAAUUUUCGAUCGGCUUCUUAGUACUCUCCGUUACUGUAACCUUGACACACAGCUUCGUGUCGCCGGUGGUUGGGUCCGUGAUAAGCUGCUAGGGAAAGAGAGUGAUGAUAUUGAUAUAGCUAUUGAUAAUAUGUCUGGAAGUGAAUUUCUUGAUAAGUUUAAGGAAUAUUUAUCUUCGAGAGAUGAAGAAGUACAAGGCGACACUGUUAUUGAAAGGAACCCUGACCAAUCUAAACACUUGGAGACAGCAAAGUUGCGGAUUUAUGACCAGUGGAUAGAUUUUGUUAACUUGAGAAGUGAAGAAUACACAGAGAAUAGUCGUAUUCCUACAAUGAAAUUUGGCACCGCAAAAGAUGAUGCUUUUCGUAGAGAUUUAACCAUAAAUAGUUUAUUCUACAAUAUCAACUCUGGCGCAGUAGAAGACCUUACAGAAAGAGGCAUCGAUGACCUCAAGUCCGGAAAAAUUGUUACACCCUUGCCUGCAAAAGCCACAUUUUUGGAUGAUCCUUUGCGAGUUCUCCGGGCUGUUCGCUUUGGUGCAAGGUUUGGUUUUACUUUGGAUGAAGAACUAAAAGAAGCUGCUUCAAGUGAGGAAGUAAGGGUAGCUCUUGGAGAAAAAAUUAGCAGAGAGCGGAUUGGGAAUGAGAUUGACUUGAUGAUAUCUGGGAAUGGACCAGUUUCAGCGGUUACCUAUCUUUCUGACCUGAAACUAUUUAGUGUUGUCUUUGCCCUUCCCUCUUCAGCUGAGCCUUCACCACCAGAAAAUUGUGGCAGCCUCUCCCAAUCCUACUUGGAAGCUAUGUGGAGCUUACUUAAAACACCUCGGCCAGGAAAGUUCAGUGGUGAACAAAGACGGCUUGCUCUCUAUGCUGCUAUGUUUCUCCCUUUUAGGAAAACUGUAUACAAGGACACUAAGGGCAAAUCGAUUCCUGUUGUCAACCACAUUUUUAAAUUCUCCAUGAAGAGGAAGACCAGUGACGCUGAAACAGUUAUGAAUAUACAUCAGACCACGGAGAGAUUUCGUUCGUUGAUUCCUUCCCUUGAAGUGAAGAAAGAUGUAGAACUGGACGAGCUAACUUGGGCCGCUGAUAUUCUUGAGCAUUGGAAAUCCAUCACCCUUAAUGAUCCAGUGAUCCCAGCAACUUCAAAAAUAAGAGUACUCACAGGGUUUCUACUUAGAGAUAUUAAAGACUUCUGGCGUGUUUCUCUGUUAACAUCUUUGUUAUUGUCUGCUACGGUUGACGGUAGCAACGAUCAUCAAGAUAUCGGGCAGCUGGACUUCCAACUGGAAAGGAUGCGAGAAACUUAUCUGACAGUUGAGGCCACCAUUCAUGAACUGGGUAAGCGUUAGAAUGUUUGAUAAAUGGUAGCAUAUAAGAUAGAAAUUGCUAAGAGGAGGUAGAAGAAGUAAUGGCUGUGACUAGUUACCAAGGCUCCCCACGUUUUUGUGCUUACCAGACUCACUAGUAGAACUAAGAACAUCAAAAGAACAUGAGAAGCUGAUUUCAUAAUUCCUGUUUCUGGGCAAUCUUUCUGACUUUGAAAAGUGAUGCAUGAGUAGGGUGGAGAGAAAAUCAUCUUUAGAAAAGCUCAUUUAUUCUAUCAUUAGAACUGCAUUAUCAAUAUGCCUGGGGAACCAUUCCACAUACAGUGUUUCUUUCUUAUUCUAUCAUUAAUAUUCAGGUCUUGAUAAGAUCUGGGAUGCAAAGCCUCUAGUCAAUGGCAGGGAGAUAAUGCAAAUUGCUGAGCUGAAGGGAGGAUCCCGGCUCAUCCGUGAAUGGCAACAGAAGCUGCUCACUUGGCAGCUGGCUUACCCCAACGGCACCGCAGAGGAGUGCAAGGAGUGGAUGAGAGAUAUCAAAGCUAAACGACAAAGGAUAGAGUGACUUAAGAAUCUAGUGGCUAGUUGUGCUGUGUAGUCUUAUAAAAAUCCACUAACAUUGUAGAUUAAUUUAAACUCAGUUUUGACAAAUUUUAUCGAUUCUAGGCUCAUUCCCUGGCAAGUUUCUGAUGUAACAAAACAGAUUCGAGCAAAAAAAUGAAAGAAUGAAAACCAACACUAA